AUGCCAACGGCUCGACCCAGGGUCCCAGAGGACCUGGAUGUCGCGGGCUACACCCACAGCAAUUUUGCAUUCGCCAUCUUUGACCCAGUGGAGUAUCGGAUUGCCCCCAUGGGGGGUCACAGCGAAGAUCUGUUUGCUCGUUUCACCGCGCUGAAAAACGGCAACCCCGGUCUGCAGAUGUGGAUCUCGAUUGGAGGUUGGUCGUUCACUGACCCUGGGCCCACUCGCCCAGCGUUCAGCGAGAUGUGCCUUUGGCUCCGAAUUCGGUAUCACGGUGACCAUUCCAGCAUCCUACUGGUAUGUGCAACAUUUGAUUUCCACAAUACGAAGCGCCUUGUGGACUGGAUCAACCUGAUGUCCUAUGAUAGACAUGGAACACGGGAUAAAGACUCUAAAUUCGUCGGUCCCUAUAUUGCCCCUCACACGAAUAUGACUGAGAUCGAUAUGGACUUGGACCUCCCCUGGCAGGCUGGAGUCCCUCCCAGCAAGGUCGUCAUGGGCAUGGCAUUUCACGGCCGGAGUUUUCAGCUCAAGGAUCCAGCCUGCAACCGGCCAAACGGGCAGUGCGGGUUUGUGUACGAAAAUGGAAUCGGCGCCGCCGCUGGGCACUGCCCUAAGGCCUCUGGAAUUCUGAAUCUGGCAGAAAUCCAACACAUCGUCUAUGAGAAUGAUUUGAACCCCCACUGGGAUCAGAAGGCAAUGGUCAAGUAG